AGCGCGCAUGGGCGGAGCCGGCCGCACGGGCCUCCCUGCUAUAUCUGCGCCUGCGCCGCGCUGCUGCGGGGCCAGUCGGGACGGAGGAGACAAGAUGGCGUUGCGAGCGAUGCGGGGAAUCGUGAACGGUGCCGCGCCCGAGCUGCCCGUGCCCAGCGGUGGGCCGAUGGCCGGAGCUCGCGAGCAGGCGCUGGCCGUGAGCCGGAACUACCUCUCCCAGCCUCGUCUCACCUACAAGACUGUCUCUGGAGUGAAUGGUCCAUUGGUAAUCUUAGAUCAUGUGAAGUUCCCCAGAUAUGCGGAGAUUGUGCACUUGACAUUGCCAGAUGGCACAAGAAGAAGUGGACAAGUUCUAGAAGUCAGCGGCUCCAAGGCAGUGGUUCAGGUAUUUGAAGGGACAUCAGGUAUAGACGCCAAGAAAACAUCCUGUGAGUUUACUGGGGAUAUUCUCCGAACACCAGUGUCUGAGGAUAUGCUUGGUCGGGUAUUCAACGGAUCAGGAAAACCCAUUGACCGAGGUCCUGUGGUGCUGGCUGAAGACUUCCUUGACAUCAUGGGUCAGCCAAUCAACCCUCAGUGUCGGAUCUACCCUGAGGAGAUGAUCCAGACAGGCAUUUCUGCCAUCGACGGCAUGAACAGUAUUGCUAGGGGACAGAAAAUCCCCAUUUUUUCUGCUGCUGGACUACCGCACAACGAGAUUGCCGCUCAGAUCUGUCGCCAGGCUGGUUUGGUAAAGAAAUCCAAAGAUGUAGUGGACUACAGUGAAGAAAAUUUUGCCAUUGUGUUUGCUGCUAUGGGGGUAAACAUGGAAACAGCCCGGUUCUUCAAAUCUGACUUUGAAGAAAAUGGCUCAAUGGACAAUGUCUGCCUUUUUUUGAACUUGGCUAAUGACCCAACCAUCGAGAGAAUCAUCACUCCUCGCCUGGCUCUGACUACAGCUGAGUUUCUGGCUUACCAGUGUGAGAAACAUGUCCUGGUCAUCCUGACAGAUAUGAGUUCCUAUGCUGAAGCACUUCGAGAGGUUUCAGCAGCCAGGGAAGAGGUUCCUGGUCGGCGAGGUUUCCCAGGCUACAUGUACACCGAUUUAGCCACAAUCUAUGAACGUGCUGGUCGGGUAGAAGGUAGAAAUGGCUCUAUUACCCAAAUCCCUAUUCUCACCAUGCCCAAUGAUGAUAUCACUCAUCCUAUCCCUGACUUGACUGGUUAUAUUACUGAGGGCCAGAUCUAUGUGGACAGACAGCUGCACAACAGACAGAUUUAUCCACCUAUUAAUGUGUUACCCUCAUUGUCUCGGUUAAUGAAGUCAGCUAUUGGAGAAGGAAUGACCAGAAAGGACCAUGCUGAUGUAUCUAACCAACUGUAUGCAUGCUAUGCUAUCGGUAAGGAUGUACAAGCCAUGAAAGCCGUGGUGGGAGAAGAAGCCCUGACCUCAGAUGACCUUCUUUACUUGGAAUUUCUGCAGAAGUUUGAGAAAAACUUCAUUACUCAGGGUCCCUAUGAAAACCGAACUGUCUAUGAGACUUUGGACAUUGGCUGGCAGUUGCUUCGAAUCUUCCCCAAAGAAAUGCUGAAGAGAAUUCCUCAGAGCACCCUGAGCGAGUUUUACCCUCGAGACUCUGCAAAGCACUAGCUGCGGCUGCUCGUGUGGCGUGACCCUCUUGUGAAGUACUGGUUCUGUUUCCUGAUUCCUUUUGCACUCCUCCAUCCCCACCUGUGUGCGGGAGUUUACCUGUUACCCUGUAAUUAAAAACAAAGGCUAGGUAACUAUUGUGCCAGUGUUGCAACGUUUAAACUGCUAACAGAUUGAAAGAUCCCUGCUCAGAAAACCUUACCUUCAGUGCUUUCCUUAAAGUAGCUGAGGGAUGGCGUGAAGUUUGCUUACCAAUGUAUGUAUUUGUACAUAGUGGAGAGCUAGUUGCUAAUAAUGUCUUGUUUGGGUCUCCCAAACCCUACCUCUCAGCUCCCUUAAGAGUAUCACUGUUUUGAAGUUAAAUGCUUCAGUCUCAAAUUUAGGGGCAAAGUGGAGACUGGAAGAAUUCUCCUUUCAGAAGAACCAUGAGGCUCUUGGCUGAGCCUUUUUUCUGGAGUGCUGGUGUGCCUGUGGGUCUGUCCUCUGCUCUAUGCAGAUGGGUUUUACUGUCUGCUUGCACUUUCUUACGAAAUGAGUUUCUUGCUGCCAGUGCUGUGAGUUGGGAAUUCCUGUGUGGCAUCUUUCUCUUUGAGGCGCGCACAGAAUUAUGCAAUGUUGCACAGCUGGCAUCUUCAUGGCAGUGGUGAAGUGGUGACAUGUCUUUUGCUAGUGAUACCCACUGGGCUGCAGUCAUAGGAGAAUUGAGACUUGGAAAAGGCUGGGGUACAAUUAAGAAAAACCCUACAUUCCACCCUUAUCCUGAUGUGCUUAUGGUGGUUUAGGUUUCUGUGUUGCCCCCUGAUCCUGAGGUGGGGUGUGAAGAUGGCUUGCCUUAGGUUUGUGGAUGUUUUAAACUGUUCAGUCCCCAAACUUUCUGACCCAGAUCUGACUUUUCGGGUGACCUUGUGGCACAUGUGGCAAUGUUUUUUAUUCCUGCUCCUUCCUGGCUUGAGCCGUUAGCUCUAUUCUGUAAGCCUCUGCCAUGUCUGCUGUUGGGUCUCUGUGCUGUGUGUUCUCAGGUGCAGCAAUGACUUCCCACUCUAUGCAUUCCGUCUUCCAGUUGUUUUUCUCUGAGGGCACGGGAAUCAGCAUGAUUAUAUUUUAAUGUAGAAAAUGUGACAUCUCGUUAUAAAUGAAAAUAAAUGUUAAAUUAAAUGGAAGUUA